AUGUUUUUCUUCUAUUUGUUAAGUUUAUUGUCGCUAGCCGUGCAGGCUACAUUCAUAACCUUAUCCAUUGCGGCUGGCCUGUACUAUUUAGCGGAAUUAGUCGAAGAAUACACUGUAAUGGCCAAAUACAUUAUAACAUGGACUGUUAUAGGUACAGCCUCGAUCCACAUAGGGCUGUUAAUCUUCGAGGAUAUUCCUCUAUACCUGAACGCUUUAGGUCUAGUUCAGCAGGUGUUCCAUAUGCUCCUCCUCAAAGACUUCCCCGUGGUUCGGAUAACCAGCGUCACGUUUGUUACCGCAGUCCUCACUUUGGUACUACAUCAUUAUUUGGCCUUCAAGUUCUUUGGUACUGUGUUCUAUAGUUUUUCAGAGGUGCUAUCAUACUUCACGCUUUGUCUAUGGGUUGUCCCGUUUGCGCUGUUCGUGUCCCUAUCUGCCAACGACUACGUCCUACCCACCACUGGGGAGAAACAACCUUUGUUAUUAGGUGACAACAACGUUUUGACAGAUUAUUUGGCGCGAAAAUCGAAGAAAUAUAGUCUAUUGUCAUUCUUUAGUUUCGCGAAGGACUCCAUACUGCCACAGCGUAGCAAGAAGGCGUUUUAA